CUGUCAUAACAUUUGCCGCUAACAAUCCAUCAGUUUCAGAUUUUAAAUGUUCAAUACAUUUCUUUUUCCGCUGUCACUGUGAUCUCUUAAUGUUGCAUUCGAUUUAACCAUUGUUUCCAUUCCAAUUUGUUUCGUUCAAAGCAUAAAUUUAUAACGCAAUGAAAAUGUCCACUGCACUUACGCCGCCAACAUUUGUGAUUCCAUUGAACAAGCAAAUUUAUUGCUUUGAAAUUUCAUCGUACGAAUCGUCGUCGAAUUUGUUUGUGGCCGCACUUCAAACCAAAAUUGUGAUGGGCUUGUUUCAAUUUCCUGAAGACAAUGCCAACGAAGAGUUCACAUGGGAGCGUUUGCGUGAGCUUGACCAAGACACACGAAGCCAUGCAAUUGCCCUGGCACCAGACACAUCACUAUCCAUGCUGCCAAAAUUGGUGAAAUUCUGUACGGCCGGCGCUGAUUUUGUGGUUAGAAUCUUUCGAUCGAACUUAGAUGACAGUGACACCGUUCAAGAAGUUAACCGCCACACCAGCUACGUAAAUGACGUUGCAUGGGAAUCGUCGGGUCGAUUUUUGGCCAGCGUCAGUGACGAUCAUUCAUGUCAAAUUCGCAGUCAACACGAUGACUACAAGAGUGAGAUUGUCUUUCGAUUAAAAUCACCGGGCGUUGUGGUUCGUUGGCAUCCAGAAAGUCCGGAAAAAGUGCUUGUGGCCGAAAAACGGGGCACAAUUCAUAUUUAUAACAUUGAAAGCCGCCAAAUUGUCCAUUCGAUCGAAACGAAUAAAUCACCGUUGAUGGGCGCCGAUUGGUGUUUACGCAAUCCAUUUUUGGUCACUGCAUUGGCAGCUGGCGAAGCAAGCGUUUUUGAUCUGAGAUGCCCAUAUCGUGCGAUGGAAACAAAGACACUCCAUGAAGAUGGUGGUUUGGCAAUCAAAUAUUCACCAAAUACACAACAGGUGGUUGCCAGCAUUGGUCGGCCAAACGUGUCGCUUGUCGUAACACAUUUGAAAUCGGAAAAAACCGAACUUCCACUGUUGGUGGCAUCGCUCAAACUCUACGGUGGAUUGGGCUGGCACUCACGUUUGCCAUACAUUUGUUGCGCUGAUGAUAGUAAACUGUCGUUUUGGAAAGUCUUCGUUAAAUAAUUCGAUAGUGUGUGUGAUUCGUAAUAAUUGUAACUUAAGUCCACUUCCUAUUUAAACUAGUUAUUUCAGUAAAUUGUCUAGCAUUCAUUUGAAUUUACCGUAUGUCUCGGAAGGCUGUAAAGCUGUUAUUGUUUAAAACAAAACUUUGAAAUACAAAUUAAAGCAUAAAUAAAUGGAGAAAAUUUAAGAAAUCCAUCAAUGAUUAAUCAAAUUCAAAAGUCGGUAAUUUUAGUUGAGAAAUUCAUAUCUUUCUGUGAAAAGAUGUUUCUCCGCGUGAAAUACGUUAUUCAAAUCAAGGAAUUAUUAUUCUCACAGAUUUUAUACUAAUUAAGCGAUGUGUCAUUUGGAAAUCUAUCGUUUUCUUUCAUGAUCGAUGCGUCAUCACCUAAUCAACAGCUAUAAUUGAAUAAACUAGCCUCAAUUAAACUGUUUCCAAAAGCUGUAAAAUAGCCACAAACGCAAUGGAUACACGAAUAGGAAGUAAAGUUUGGAUAAUUAUUCACACAUUUGUGAUUAAAUGUGAGCAUCAAUACAAAACAGAAGCCAUCAAUCAUAUUUGUCUUUCCCGCGUUUUGUCUAUUCAAUUAGCACUAUAAUAGAUGCAAACAAACAAAAUCAAACACAGACCAUUGUCUUCAAAGAGCACGUGUCGCAUCAUCGAUUUGUAUGCAAAAAGAGAUAAAGAUGUGCAAAUAAUUGCAAUAAAAAAAGUUGUUUACA